AUCCUACAAAGGAGCAGCAACUAGAUCCACUCCGACGAUAAAACCAAUAAUUAAAAGUGAAGUGAUAAUACCCUCGGAUUUGUUUGGGACUUUCCCUGUGUGUCCCCUCUGCUUCCCCUCUUUUUAAAGCCCUUAUUUCUACUGUAAAUAAAAGAAAACGACAGGAUGACAACACAUUUCAGGAGCGGACCUGCUUUCGGUCUUUCUGCAGAGGUCAAGAGUAAGCUGGCGGGGAAGUACUGCCCUCAUAAGGAGGAGGAUCUGAGGCUGUGGAUCCAGGACGUGACGGGCAAACGGGUCGGGGACAACUUCAUGGAGAGUCUGAAGAAUGGAGUCCUGCUGUGCGAACUCAUUAACGUGCUGCAGCCAGGCUCUGUGAGAAAGAUCAGCCAAUCCACUCAAAACUGGCACCAGCUGGAAAACAUCGGGAACUUUGUGCGUGCGAUCACAGAGUACGGCCUGAGGCCAGACGACAUCUUCGAGGCCAACGACCUGUUCGAGAACUGCAACCACACUCAGGUCCAGAGCACACUGCUCGCCCUGACUGGAAUGGCCAAGUCCAAAGGCUUCCACUCUAAAUACGACCUAGGAGUGAAGUACGCCGAGAAGCAGCAGCGCCGCUUCGCUCCGGAGAAACUGAAGGAGGGACGCAACGUCAUCGGCCUGCAGAUGGGAACCAACAAGCUGGCCAGUCAGAAGGGCAUGACGUCUUACGGCACACGGCGCCAUCUGUACGACUCCAAGAUGGCAAUGGACAACCCUCUGGACCAGUCCACCAUCAGCCUGCAGAUGGGCACCAACAAGGGGGCCAGCCAGGCUGGUAUGACGGCCCCGGGCACCAGGAGGCACAUCUUCGACAAGAAGCUGGAGCUGGAGAACUGUGACACCACCACCAUCUCCCUGCAGAUGGGCACCAACAAGGUGGCGUCGCAGCAGGGCAUGACCACCUACGGCCUGCCGCGCCAAGUCUACGACAACAAGUACUGCUCCAACCCCACCGAGCCCACAACAACAACGGGGGGGACGAGUUCGACGGGUACCAGUACGACGACUAAAACCAACGACACAGAAACCCCCAACCUCCCUCCCUACGCUUAACGUCAGCCGACAAGAAAACACGACUCCGUGUCGAAGCAAACUGACUCUUAUUUAACACUGACGUCCUCUUCAUUCCCUAAAGCUUUAAGAAUUGGUCUUUCCUGAGUUAAAGAAAAAAUAGCGUUUGCACUGACCCUUUACAUCCGAGGUUUUUACUUCCGUAUCUCUGAGGAAUCUUAUUACUGCAAAAAGGCCCAGCCACUCAGAUUUGUGCUAUUUAUAUUUUUUGCUAUAGCUUUUUUUUACUUGCAUUGUAAAACAGUGGUGUAGGAAUGAGUCCUAAAACCCGGAAGUGAGUUAGCAUUUUAGCAUGAGCAUUUAUUAAAUAUGUAAGUAAGUACCCCUCUCGGAACGUCUGAAGCUUUAAUGUGUUUUAGAAACGACGGUUGCUAACAAAUGGCUUUAAUAUACUUAACGUUAUCACACUAAAAACUAGCCGCCGUUAGCUUAGCGCUGGGGAAGUGAGGGCGUGUGACCGUGACGUAGUUCCUUUAUAGCCCAACGUUAGCCCUUUAAUUGUAGAGAUGGCAUUGACGCCUGUUUAAGGUUAGCAUUCGUUAGCCACAGAUCUUAUUUCCCGCAAUAUUCCAAAAUCCAAUGGAAAAUCCAAUUGGGUUUUUGUCGAGGGAGCCCUUGAGAUGCUAACUUCCUGUAUGGCCUACAAAAUACGUCAUCCCUGCACCACUCUGCUAGAGAUGUAGAACUUUCCUUCCCUAUCCUUCCAAUCAAGUGUUGAGAAUUCAAAGCUCCUUGAAAAAAGGAGACAAGCGACCGUGUUGGUGCUAUUGAACUUUGACCCAGUUGGAACCGAGUCCACGUCGACAUUGGAGCUCCGCAGGGAUUUUUUUUUUUGUACCGACAGCAUUGACCUGAGCCCGAUGACGCAGGAGGACUCGUAGCUUUUUUUCAGUUUUGUGUCAUGUUCACAGGCCGGCCAGAUUACCCAUCACGCCUUUUCCUUUUAUCGGGGAUCAUUUCCAUGGCUUUGAGUGCAGCAUGUGUUUGAUUUAUUUUUAAGUAAAGGGGACAAUGCUUUUAUAAAGUGAAAGAGCAAAAGUAGGUGUUGUGAAAUAUAGUUUGAAGUCACUCGUAGUUUUUGUCCUUUCCUCCAUCUUUUACUGAAUUUGCCUCGGUCGACUUUGGUACUGUUGCUCCUUUUGCACUGCUUCACCCAAAGGUGGAAUUUAAACAAGUUCAUUUGAUCAGAUAAUGUACUUAAAUUUAAGGUACUUUCCUUGAGUAUUGACUUUUUAUACUUCUAUAUAUAAUGGCUUUACAUUCAGGGUUGCUACAGUUUGAGAAAAGUUAGAUUCAAGAAUAUUUUUAAUGCAAAUCAGAAGAAAACGUAAAAUAAUUGUGCGAUUCCGCUGCCUUUGUUCUUACCAUGCCAAGUUUAAAAUGUUUCCUGCACAAAGUGCCUUACAUAAAUUGCCUGGUAGUGGAUAUGGUAUUUAGUAGUUAGCCUUUUCAAAAUAAGACUUUACAAUUAAGGUUGUAAAAUAAGUUGUAAAUAAAGGCAACGAUAUUUUCAUAUAAAGCUCACAAAGGCAGUAUUUCUAAGUACUUUUUCCUGAGCAACAUCUUCAAGGCAGGGGUUAUAGGUUGUAUUUUUCCAUUAUAGUAUUGCUACUGUUACUCAAGUAAAGUAUCUGUAAUCGCUAAGUGAAUCAAACCCAAUCUAAAGACUGUUAGCCCACCGGAUGUCCUGAAUGUAAUGGUAUGGAAAAGUUGGACAGUAGCUGUUACGGGAUUCAUUUUCAACACGUUAGAGAUAAAAUAAUGUGCAUUUACACAAUUACUGAGGAGCCUGAGGUACUUGUGGUUUAGAAUUCAACAGCAAAGCUUUACUCUUGUGAAAUAUUCAGACUUUUGGCUUUGAAUUACUGUCAGAAAAAGCUUAUUUUAGAUCAGAGCUCUUAUUCAGCGUCAAAGUGUGCCCUCUAGUGGAGGAAGCGCACACCUACACUCACUCUAUUUCAUGUAAAACAUUCCCUUUGUUCCCUCAAAUGUAGGAAUGUAGUUUUUAGUUCCCUGUAGCAUCCAAAAUGCUCAAUAAUUUAAUAGAACAUUUCACCUUAAUGUGACGGCUGUAUUUCAAAUCUGACACUUUUUCUAACCUCUUGAUUUUUCUACUUGUACGCCUUUCACCAAACAUGACAUUUGUGCAAUAAAAACACUUGAAAACGG